AUGAAGGUGUGAGAGAUGAAUUACUUGCACUUCCUCGAGUAGCGCCUAUUGCACAUUUAAUAGACGUUGUAGGAGUUCACUUAUCCUUGAAUGAACUAAAACACAAGUUUACAAAUAUACUUCGUGUUAGCAAAGAGCAUAAUCCAGUGUUUGUUGGUGUUUACAUUGAUAUAGAACGGAAUAAUGUCGUUAUAACUUUAUAUGAUGAACUCAAUGGACAUAAUGCUGAGUAUAUAGUGGAUGUCAGACGAUUUAACCCAAUUUUUGAUCGUCAGAAUUUACAUAAUCACCAUCAAAAUUUGCAUAAUGAACGUUCCAAUUCACAUAUUAUAAAACGUCAACCUCCUUUGAUACAUUCUCUUCUCGUAGCUGGUGAUGGCUUAUUGAAUUUAAAUAAUUUAAAUAGACACUUUACAUGUUCACUAGGCUUUUUAGCAAGAACGAGGCCAACAAAUGAAGAUGUCUUUGUAACCUCAGGACUUUGUUUUCGGCCUAAUCAAAAUUAUCAUCUUCUACCGUGGACUUCACAUGUUGAGCACGAUGUUAUCGGAAGAAUGACAAGAAUGGGACGACUUACAAGAGAACUCGAUUUUGGCAUCCUCAGUAUAGAUAAUCCCAUUUACAUUCCAAUGCCGUCUAUAAGACAUACUGAAUCUAUUUAUAAUGCUCAGCUCCCUAUUAGAGGAGGGCCAGUAUUUACUUAUCUUAUGAACGUAAAUGACGGUGAUUUACGGACUUCUAGAGCGAAUCUAAAAGGUAUAAUCACAGGAGGUGUAGGGAAUUUUGCUUUUGUUACAAAAUUAGAAAGAAUUCGUGCAGAGGCAAAUUUAAGUAUCGUUACUUCUCUAGUCAAAGUCAGUAUCGCCAAAUUUUUUCAAAUUUUACAAUGUAAAUUUCUUAAUUUACAUCAGUAUAUGAAACACGGGUGUAAUUUGUAG